ACAUUAUUUGGGCCAGGCAUUGUGGCUCACACCUAUAAUCCCAGUACUUUGGGAGGCCGAGGUGGGAGGAUUGCUUGAGCCCAAGAGUUGGAGACCAGUCUGGGCAACAUAGGGAGACCCUGUCUUUACAAAAGCAUUAAAAAAAAAAAAUGUUAGCCAGACAUGAUGGCAUAUAUCUGAGGUCCCAGCUACUUGGGAAGUUGAGGUGGGAGGAUCACUUGAGCCCGAGAUCAAGGCUGCAGUGAGCCAUGAUCACGCCGCUGCACUCCAGCCUGGACAACAGAGACCCUGUCUCAAAAAAGAACCAAAAACAAAUUUUAAUUUGACAUUUCAAAGACUUUUUCUUUUGAACCAACCAAUCUCUUACUUAUUAACAAAGUUUGAAGUGAUCCAGUAGUUGUUUAAAUAAACUGACUCUCCCAGCAGAAAGUAACUAUUUUCUAUCCCAUUGUCUGAUGAGAUGCUCUGAGUCUUUGGUUAGAUGGAAGACUGCAGACAAGUUAGCCCUGCAUCUCAUUUACAUAAUAUUUUUUACUCUUAAGCAAGAAAUCUUCACCAGGUCCUCUUGUGAUCUGGUGCUGACACAGAACCAUGACCAUAGCGGUGCCCAUGACUUCUUUCUGUGUCCCUUGAGGAUGUUGGUGCCAAAGGCUACUUAAAUCCUCCUUGGAAGGGAACGAUUUCAUCCGUCGGGAAUUAUUGUUUUAAUUUGUGUCAUUUACCUGUUUUGCCUUCCUAUCGCAACUACCUCCAUGAAAGUAGUUAUAUUGAAAAAAGAUGCUUAUAUUAAAAUCAGAUAGGCUUUAUUAAUAAAGUGUAGCGUGUAGGCUUCUAUGACUAAUACAUAGUUUAAAGUCAGGGUAAUAGCUGGUGCAAUGAAACCAAAUAAAGUUUCUGGCUCAUUCAUAACUGUGCAAUAGUUUAAAUUUAUUCUUUGUUAUUGUUGACCACCUUGUUCUUGUUAGAACAAGGCAGGGAAUAAAUAAAUAAACAAAUAAAAAAAAUGAUUCCACAUUAUUUUCUGUUUGCCUAAAUUGCAACAUAAGGAAGCAACAAAAGAAAGAUCCUUUUCGCUUAAACAUUCUGUUGACCCAAGAAAAAUCACACAGGGUCUGGAAGCAACUUUUAUUUGGAGAACUAGACUUGAGUACGUUCAACUGAAAGCCAAUGCAAGCUUCUGCUCCUCUAAAAUGAUGUCUUUUGCCUAAGAAUAGACCCCUCUUUCAGUCUAAAAACCAGAUAAACUGUCCUACAGUGAUCCAAAUAGCCAGCGGCCUCACUCCCCCCAAACUUGACUAACAACACAGCAAUAUAAUUCUACCGUUUAAAACUUGGCUGACCCAAACGUGAACUUUCAAAGAAAAUAAGAGUCAUUACUAAAAGAGAUUCCAUUUCUUUCUGGGGCCUAAGUUAAGAUGACUUUCCAGAACUUUGAGAAAACUUACUCUUUCAAUGGCCACUUAAUUGUGUAACAAAGUAAACAUUCACAAGGGAGGCAAAAUAUAACAUUCCCUAUGUUUAGAUUUUUCAAAUAUCUUUUUUUCAGGGGUGCAUUUUCUUUGUUGGGUUGUCAUAUGUAGUUUGGAGUAAUUUACCAGGUUCUACCCAAAAGUUGUAUCAUGAUCAAGGAUCGCUUGAACCCAGGAGUUUGAGACCAGCUUGGGCACCAUGGCAAAACCCUGUCUUUACUAACAUUACAAAAAAUUAACCAGGUGUGGUGGUGAAUGCUUAUGGUCCUAGCUACUCUGAAGGCUGAGGUGCGAGGAUCUCUUGAGCCAGUGAGGCAGAGGUUGCAGUGAGCUGUGUUCAUGGCCAUAGCACUUCAGCCUGGGUGGCAGAGCGAGAUCUUGUCUUAAAGACAAAAGAAAAAGAGGGUGAAUUCUACCUACCUGGCAGGAUCAUUGGGAUAAUUGCAUGAACAUAGGAUCUGAUUCACCACCUGGUACAUAGUAGGAAUUCAUGAUAUUGUAGCUGUUCUUAUAAUUAUUAAUUUGACCUGGAACUUCCAUGUCCUGAUUCUUAGAUCUUGCAUGAUUAUACACGUGUUAUCUAAUUGAUGAAUUUCAAAUAUGAGCUAUUUCAACAAUUAAAUGGCUGAACAGUCAUUAAUUUCAGGUGGUCCUAAACCCAAGGCAGUAAAUUCUUUGAGGUGGAUAAACCUACAUUUCAUUUGUAGUUUAAAAAGAAAAAGUGAAAAAAGUAUUUAAAGUCCUGGGUCAUGGAAGGUGGAGCUUGCAGUGAGCCAAGUUUACGCCACUGCACUCCAGCCUGGGUAACAGAGCGAGACUCUGUCUCAAAAAAAAUAAAAAAUAAAUAAAUAAAUAAAAAUAAAGUCCUGGGUCGAUAAGUGACUUUAUCCUUCUUAGCUAUAAAAUGAAGGAGCUACACUAGAUAGUCUCUAAGCAACCUUCAAACUCUGAAAUUCUGUGGUUGAUAUUAGGCCCAAUACUGGGGAUCUGUGAUUUUUUAAUUGCUACAACUUCUAGGAAAUGAGGAGUAUCAAAGAUUGUUAUGGGAGAGUGGGGGUAGGGGAGUUACUAUCAUUGGUCUUUUGUGAACAAGACCAAGAACAAAAGAAAUAAGAACAAAAAAGAACAGCAAGCCGGGCACAGUGGCUCACACCUUUAAUCCCAGCACUUUGGGAGGCCGAGGCAGGUGGAUCACUUGAGGUCAGAAGUUCGAGACCAGCCUGGCCAAAAUGGAGAAAACUCGUCUCCACUCAAAAUACAAAAAUUAGCUAGGCAUGGUGGCAGGUGCCUGUAAACCCAGCUACCCAGGAGGCUGAGGCAGGACAGUCACUUGAACCAGGAUGGCGGCCACUGCUGGGAGCGGAGAUGGCACCGCUGCACUCCAGCCUGGGAGACAGAGCGAGACUCUGCCUCGAAAAAAAAAAAAAAAGCAACAAAAAGAAGUCAGUCCAGAUUUGCAGAAAUAACAGGAGUUAUUCCCAUAUAACACACACACACACACACAUUUAGUUCUCAAGUAUAGUUUUCUCUGGCAGCAAGGAUUUUAGGGAAUUCCGUUUAAUCUGCAUCUAAGGGUUCUCGUGGGACAGGGAAAGGAAGACAUCAUUGUCCUCAAGGAAUUUGUAAUCUGUGAUCAGCAGAAAGACAUAAAAUGGAAGUGUUCUAAGACAUAUUUCUGAAGGAUGAACUUCCAAAGAAGACAUCCAUCCAUCCAUCCAUCCAUCCAUCCAUCCAUCCAUCCGAUCCAAAUGCUUACAGGUUAAGCAUCCCUUAUCUGAAAAUCUGAAAUGCUCCAAAACCUGAAACUUUGAGCACUGACAUGACGCCUCACAUCUCACCCUAUGUGUCAGUCAAACACAGUCAAAACUUUGCAGUCAAAACACAGUCAAAACUUGUUUUAUGAACACAAUUACUUAAAAUAUUAUAUAAAAUUACCUUCGGGCUACACAUAUGAGGUAUAUGUGUAACGUAUGUGAAUUUCAUGUUUAGACUUGGAUCCCAUGCAAGGUAUCUCAUUAUGUAUAUGCAAAUCUUCCAAAAUCUGAAAUAAAAACAUUUCUGGUCCCAGGCAUUUAGAUAAGGGAUGCUCAACCUACACUACUUGUGGAGGUGCUAAGCUAUAACAAAUACUCUCUGGAGGCCUCUUGGGAUAUGUUACCUGUUGAUUUGGUUAAUUCUCUUUCAUAAAUCACAGAUUGUUGUAAUCUCAUGGUACCAGUAUUUUAUGAUACAUGACAUAGGUUCAAAGCCUUUUGCUACAAUUUAAGAUUCCAUUCAUAUCAGUAAUCCUUGUGGGUCAGAGGGUACUGUGUUGGUGAUAUACACAGACAACUAACUUGUGGAAGCAUAGAGAAGAGAGACAGCAGCCAAUGGGGAUGUAUGCACAAGCCUAUGUGGGGGUGGAUGGGUCAAUGGAGUGAUGAGUUAGGGAAGACUCUACAUCAAGAAUACUCUUGAAGAGUCUUCAAAGAUAAAUCAGUGACUGGAAGGAAAAGAAACAACCUUUGGUUAGAUAAUUAUUAUUUUUUAAGAGAUAGAUUCUUGGCUUUGUCAUCCAGCCUAGAGUACAGUGGUGUGAUCAUAGCUCACUGCAGCCUCCAAACUCCUGGCCUCAGGUGAUCCUCCUGAUUUGGUCUCCCAAAGUGCUGGGAUUACAGUUGUGAGCCACUGUGCCUGGCCUGGUUAGAUUAUUUAAAUUAGGACUAUAUUGAUCUGAAAUAUAAAGAAUUGGGGGAAUGUGGGUAAGUACAGGGAGACAACAAUUUUUCUGACGCUUUUUAGUCCUUAUGUGGAAUUCAGUUAUUUCCAAUAACUAGCUCCUUUUCCUUUUGAAGAAAACAAUUGUCUUUUCUCAGAGUAAUGACAUCAGCCUCCUCCUUUAAUCAGGUCUUUUUUUCACUUUCCCCCUUUUUUUCACUUUCCCCAACCUCUAAGCAUUUCCUGGUACUAGGAGACUUUUAUUGCUCAAGCUGGCCCAUUUCACUAUGGACAGUUCCAAUGGUUGCACACUCCUGGGACAUUCCUGUGACUUCAUGCUUGGUCCGGACCCUAUUUGUCAGUGGCCUUCCUCUGGAUAUCAAACCUCGGGAGCUCUACCUGCUUUUCAGACCAUUUAAGGGCUAUGAGGGUUCUCUUAUAAAGCUCACAUCUAAACAGCCUGUAGGUUUUGUCAGUUUUGACAGUCGCUCAGAAGCAGAAGCUGCAAAGAAUGCUUUGAAUGGCAUCCGCUUCGAUCCUGAAAUUCCGCAAACACUACGACUAGAGUUUGCUAAGGCAAACACGAAGAUGGCCAAGAACAAACUCGUAGGGACUCCAAACCCCAGUACUCCUCUGCCCAACACUGUACCUCAGUUCAUUGCCAGAGAGCCAUAUGAGCUCACAGUGCCUGCACUUUACCCCAGUAGCCCUGAAGUGUGGGCCCCGUACCCUCUGUACCCAGCGGAGUUAGCGCCUGCUCUACCUCCUCCUGCUUUCACCUAUCCCGCUUCACUGCAUGCCCAGGUGUCCAGCCCCCCACCUGCCAUGGGGGCUCUGUGUCCCCGCCCCGUCCUUUCCCACCUGUCUCAGGAAGGCAGCUCCAACUCUGCUCUUUGCUUAGUGAGCAAGUGGAUUCAGAUGCACCAGGCCGUGAGCCGUGGAUGCGCUGGCUCCCUCCCUCCGAGGCUACUUCUCAGGGCUGGAAGUCCCGUCAGUUCUGCUGAAUACUAUGUCCCAGGUGUGUGAUGGCGGCUGCAAUCUGUCUUGUGGGUAUUAAUGCAAUCUUCAGUGGUGGCUCCUGUUCUCUAGCUGUUCUACAAAACUGGAGCAUGCUGGCUUGAAAAAACCUUGCCCAGUUUUGAUCCCUUCAAGACUUUGUCACAGCCUCUAUCACACAUCUGUUUUUCUCGAAGAAAAAAAUAAUAAAAAUGUUUUACUCUUUUACACUGUAUAAUUGUAAGAAAUAGCGUGUUAUUUGUGAAUGCAUGGUCUGAAAUUUCUGUACAGUUUGGAGAUAUUUUCAAACGAAACGUAAGAGAAGUCAACAAUAAAACCAAGAAAAGUGAGUAUUUUUAUACCAAACAUUUUAAGUAUGCUGGGAUGGACGAUCUUACACUGGUUUGGAUCACAGUUUUUGUUCUUGACUUUUGAAUGCUUGUAAUUAAAAAUAUCUAUUUUUUUCCUCUGAAGUAAGUUGCAUGUUUGAGGCAUGUUUCCAAAUAUUAUCAAAAUAUCCUGAAUUUUAUUGUGAAUAUAUAGAAAUCUGUGCCUGGCCGGAGUCCAGGGUAAAUUAGUAGCGUGGUGUUAGAUGUUAGAAACAGAACUGUUAUUUGCAGUGUUAGGUCUAGGAUCCCAGUUCUAGUAGGACAGCCCUGCAAGACAAUCAACCAGAAGCCUCCAGGAGCUUCUACCUAUGGCUUAUUCACAACUGGGCAAGAAAACAUCAUUGGUAAGAACUGCUGAGUGUGCCCUUAGAAAGCCCUGGCAGCUCCAGCUGUGACUAUAUCAACUGUGUGCCAAGUGUGAGUUUGUGCAGUUUUAUGUUUCCACUCUCCUGUAUGUGUAGCCACUCGAUGCCUAACCUACCUUCCACAAGCCAGCCCCGCAUCCCUGCUCCCCCAGUGGAAGUGCAGAGCCCACCUCACUGGUAAGGGAAAACCUUGGCUUGGGAGGCCAGCCCUGGCCCUUGAAGGGGUUGGCUGUGCCCAACCCACCUGGCUGCAGUGGGCAGCUCACGUCUCUUAUCUAUCUCCAAAGUGAUGUUUGCAAAACACCGGCUGAACUGAGCUGGUGUUCCCAACUCUUGGCAGCACUGGGCCAAACCGACCACAUACCAUGAGCUCCCAAAUGGCGUGUGCUCACUGUGAGACGUCCUGCCACACCGCACAGGAGACGGAGGCAGUGGGCAUUUGGAACCAAUUCUAUUCAGACUUCGUCAAAGCCAAAGUCAGUCUGGUGUUGUCAGUUGACACAUCUCCAGAGUUCAUGACAGCUCAACCUCUCCCCUUGUACAGAAGCCAUUUGUAAAACCACACUGACCUAAAUUCAGCUGCCAAACACAGUCUUUCCUAUUGAUCUGCUCGGCCUAUGUUGAAAAUUUCAAUGUCAUGAUUACCUGGUUGGUUUGGGUUUUUGUUUUGUUAUUUUCCAUUAGAAAUAAAAAGAUGUCAAAAAGCUUUUAAAGGUCAACACAAAAAACCAAGGCCAGGAGUGAGGGGCUCUUUCUUACCGUAAAUAAGGGGAAAGGGCAGUUGGCUCAAGGACUUGUGACGGAUCCACUUUGGUGUUCAAGGACCUGCUUAUGCCCUCAGUGCCAAUCGGCUCUUGGUGAGAUGCCUGUACUCCUAAGGAAAAUAGCCACUUCUGCAGUCUAUUAUGCUUUUAUAACUGUUUAAAGGUACUUUUCUAUUGUCAUUUUUAAAAAAUAAAGUGCUUAUUCCAGCUGUCA